AUGGGCGGCCUCUUGGGGCGCGCCGCGCUGCCCGGGCUGCUGAGCGGUCCGCGGGCCCCUGGCCCGAGACUGUUCGUACGCCCCAGCUCGGGAGGGGCCUCCUGGACACGGGAGCGGACCCUGGUUGCCGUGAAGCCAGAUGGGGUGCAGCGGCGGCUUGUUGGGGACGUGAUCCAGCGCUUUGAGAGGAGGGGCUUCAAGCUGGUGGGGAUGAAGAUGCUGCAGGCACCAGAGAGAGUCCUUGCUGAGCACUACCAUGACCUGCAGAGGAAGCCUUUCUACCCAGCCCUCAUCAGCUACAUGACCUCCGGCCCUGUGGUGGCCAUGGUCUGGGAAGGUCCCAACGUGGUCGGCUCCUCAAGGGCCAUGAUAGAACACACGGACUCUCAAAAAAAAAAAAAAAAAAGAACACACGGACUCCGCUGA